UUAUUUCCAAGGGAGAGUUUCGCAAGGAGCGCAAUCGGAGGCUGAGAUCGAGUCCCUCCAGUCUCCCCUUCACGCCGCUGCCGCUUUCCCUGUUCAAGCGCUAAAAAGAGCAACCACAAAGUUACAGAGAGCGCCGGUGGAGGGAAAGGAGGGGGGAAUCCUCCGCUGGACGAGGGCUACUUAAAGAGCUGGGUGAUGGGGAGGCUGUGAUCGCAACGUGCGUCCUCUUGUUUUUAUUUCUUAAGGUAACUUAGUGGUGGCAACACUUCCAGCAAGAAUGGCCAGUGGAACCAUAAUUUUCAUCCCCUCUAAUGGAGCAAACAUAAUCCAAACAGCUCCUGGAUUGCCCAGUGCUGCUCUUCAGGCAUCUGGAGCAAUACCAUAUCCCCAGUAUGGAGUUCAGCAACUUGGAAUUUCCACCAGUGCUCCUCAACAAGUCCCACAAAAAAGUCCUUUGGAGAGAUUCCUCAAGGCUGAGCCCAAAGUGCUUGGGGCUGUCCAAAUAUUGAUAGGACUGAUUCACAUUGGCUUUGGGGCUGUCUCCCUUUGUCUCUUUCCUCCUUACUAUCUUCCCUUGUCUGGAUUUGGAGGUUAUCCCUUCUGGGGAGGGAUAUUUUUCAUUUCUUCUGGAUCACUAUGUGUAGCAGCUGCGAACCGUCCAAAUCAUACUUUGGUGAAAUCUAGUGCAGGACUGAACAUCACAAGUGCUAUAAUGGCAUUAAUUGGUGUCAUCCUGUACCUAUGCGAGCUGAGACUCAGUAAUAAUUUUUGGAGAUAUGAGGAUGACUAUGACACUUACAAUUUAAUUAGUCUACAGAGUGUCGGUCAUGGCCUCUCCAGUGUGCUGCUCUUGUUCAGUGUGCUGGAAUUUUGCAUCGCUGUUUCCCUGGCUCACUUCGGGUGCCAGGCAGCUUGCUGUACUGACGACCAGCCAACGGUGCUUUUUGUGCCUUACCAAGUCAUGGGAGGCGGAGAAGUUGCAAGUGAACCAAAUCCUCCACCUCCACCAACUUACGAUAACGUGAUUACCAAAUCUCAGUAAAACAAGAACAACAGGAAGGAAAUAGGAGAAUGGUUGGCAACAGAAGUUUCAGGAGAAGCAAUCACAUGAUCAUGAGGAGGUUGCUACGUGUGAGGACUGGUCAUGAGUCACUUUUUUUCAAAUUUGUUGUAUCUUUGAAUGGUUAAUAAAUAACCAGUUGUAAGUUGAGAGCUACCUGUAAUAGUGGUUGCAUAAUCACUGUGAUCCCAAAACAGAAGAUGUUUACAUAUAACCAAAAUAUUCCAUAUUAUUAGAGUGCUUAUGCUGAUGAAAAACACAGAUUCCAAGCAAAUUGCCAUUUUUUGUUUUCUAUCAUCGCAUCUCCAACAGGGCAAGCUGGAAACACAUUCAUUAGCUGUAUCCUUGAAGGGUUUAUAGUUGUGUAAACAUACAAUUUCAAAAUAAAAGCCAUUCAUACUUUUAUGGAGGGUAUAUUUAGGGGGUGGGCAACUAUGAUCCCUUUGCAACCUGUGGACCUCAACUCCUGAGCCUGCAGAGCUGAUUCAGAUAUUCUUGGAUUUGAAGUCUACAGUUCUUAAAAGUUCCAUAGUUGCCCAUUUUUGGUAAAUGCCUCAAGAGACUCGAUUGAAAUGUAGAGAUUUGUUGCUUCUUUAUCCAUAAUUACAUGGUAAAAAGUUUGACUCCUGCAAUGAUUUUACAGAUGUACAAAAUGUACAUUUGCAGAGUUGUUUGAGGUUUAAUUUGAUAGGAAGUAUCCUGAACAUAAUCUAGCUCAGUUGAAAUGAUGACACUCUUUGCUUCCUUUCUUUGAUGAAUCUGCAUACAGAUGGGAAGUUGAAAAACUAGUCUUGUGAUGCUGCUGGAACAAUCUUAAACCAAAUGCAUUCAAAAUUGUAAAAAUGGUAGUAGAUUUUAGAAGAAGCCCUCCUAUUCUACCAUUUGGUCUGGGAAACUACCUGUAGGUUGGCUGAAAAAUGUUUAUUUCUCAAGUAUCCUUCCUUCCCUAGAAGCUGAAUUUGUAGGACAGGUUAUAGGGAAGGAGGAUUAGAAACCAUAAGGAAACUUUGAUUAUCUUCCUGAUGCUUCCAUGCCACACAAAUUCAUGAUUUUUAAAUACUUGAGGUACAAUUAAAACCGGAGGCUUUUCUUCAGGAUGGGUGACAGACAGUGAGAAAGAAGUCAUGGAACUUUGUUUUUAUAUAUGAUAGAUGCAGGAAGAUUAUAAUAUGCUCAAAAGUGGGAAGGUUUAAAAUAACCAACAAUUGAAUGGCUGGUGAAAAUGAUGGAACUUGCUGAUAAGGCUAAAUUGACUUCCUUGAUUAGAGAAAAGACUGGAAAACGUUUCUUAGAAACUUUGCAUGAAAAAAAAAUAGCAUUAGCAACAACAUUUAGGCUUAUAUACCCUUUAGUGCUUUACAGUAUUCGUUGGGUGGUUUACAACAUUGAAGCAUUUUUUUGCAUAUUCCCCCCAACAAUCUGGGUCCUCAUUCUACUGACCCCUGGAAGGCUAAAUCAACUUUGAGCCCCACC